AUGGGUAUUUCAUUAGCGUUUCGGUUCCGCGAAACAGUAAACGCCGUAGUCUCGCAGCGACAGUCGGCGAGAACCGCGAUGAGGGGAUCGAAAACGGUCGCGAUAUUGUCAUUCGUGGCCGUCGCCUUGCGAACGGCCCGGGCUUUCCGCGGCGAAGACGACCACGACGCGAAAUGGGUCCGAAUGUGCACGAUGACCGACAAGCAAAACCAUCGCGACGGCGCGCAGUUCAACGCGACAAUGCCGUGCGGCGUGCACGUCCGCCCGGACCCGGAACCCGGCAGCGGCGGCGGCGCCCUUUCGCUACACGAAACCGCACCGGUCGACGACUCCGGAAAACGCGGAAUAUCGACGGCCGCGGACGCGGUUAACGGAAACCGUCGCCAGAGUUCGGAAGACGACGAAGACACUGGCAUGGUCCGUCUCGAGACGUUGCAGGUCGACGUCGCGGGCCGUAUGACCGAAAGCGUUUCGCACCGAGGCGACGGUGACGGCGGCGACGACGCUGAAGACGACGCCGACGGCGACGUUACCGGCCCGGAAAUUGAAAGCGUUCCGGGCGGCGACGGGACCGCGGCAACCGAUGAAGACGACGCGACCGUGAUGGUAACCGACGAAGACGACGGCGGUGACCAAAACGACGUGGCCGUGGAAACCGACGAGGACGACGGCGGUGACCAAAACGACGUGGCCGUGGAAACCGACGAGGACGACGGCGGCGAUCGAAAAGACGUGGCCGUGGAAACCGACGAGGACGACAGCGACCGGCAAGACGUCGCCGUGCAGACAACCGACAAAGACGACGGGACCGUGGUAACUGAAGACCACAGACAAGAAUACGAAGACGGCGGCGGCAGCGACGACGUUACCGUGAUAAUGGAAGGCGACGGCGGCGGUGAGCACGAAGGACUCGAAUACCUGCGGAAACAGGGUAAAGUUGCCAGAGUGUUGCUCACGUACCUGAUGAGCGCCCGAAACAAGCUGUACAGCAAGAUACGUACGAAUAUUAUUAUCAGUAUCUAAGAUGAAUGAAAUUUCGAACUGCACUAUUUUAUAAAUGCACGUCCUUUCAAAAUACGAUCAGUUAUAAACAAAAAAAUAAAGUCAUCACCUGUUUGUGUGUAUACACGUGGGUGUUCGUCUGCGCAUUUAAAAUAAUAAUAAUAACCAGAAAAACAAUUUAUUUACUACCCCCAAAAUAAGUUGUCACGGGCAAUUGCUUCCCUGCCAAGAAAUCCCGCCUAGAAAUGAAAUACAAGGUACUGUUUAAAAAAACAUAGGUACUGGUUUUACACUCAAAAAUAAAAAAAACGUCCAACGAUUAUAGGGACGGGCGCAGCCACUGUUAUAGGUACUUUAAUGUAUAUCUGUUAGCAACGAUUAACCAUUGCUAACGAAAAAGCGAUUCUGAGUGGAGUUCAGUUGAAUGUGUAGUUGCUUUGGCAACAAUAUAUAUAUAUCUUAUAUUACGGAAAAAUAAUUACAUAGACAAUAUGUAUUUUCUUUAAAAAUAUUAAUUGUUAAAUAUUUUACCUAUUUUCCCGUUUUUCCUACGGUUUUCCACCGGAUUUCCCAUUUAUUGGAAAAACUAAUGAGAAAAAUCAAAAAUCACCUCUUUAAAGAGAAUCUCCUUGUGCCGAUUUCCUAUUAGAAAAGGUGCUACACGUAGAAAUCCGAGUAAGUCUUCUGGUAGAAAAAUUGCGCACAGAUUAAAAAAAAAAAAAAAGAAAUAAACAUCUUUGUUUAGCCAUAAUCAUCUUCGCUCCACUCGGAUUCUAAAACAUUUUUAUUUAUAAAAUAAAUAUAACUGGAUAAAAUAUAAACACACAUUUUUCGCAUAAAAUAAUAUUCAAAAAUGUAUUUUCCAAGUUUAAUUAUAUUUGUACAAGUAUAAAUCAUAUUUUUCUCUGGCUUAAACAAAACCAGCUCUUGAUACCAAUUUUAUUUUUUGGCAUUUGUAUGCAUUUUAGAAUAUCUUUUAUUUAUUUAACUAAUAAAAAACGGUUGUUCAUAUUUACAUGCAGGGAAUCUGUUAUUACUGUAGGACAGUGGUGACCAACUUUUGUGUGCAGAGGGUCAUAAAAGAAAAAAAUCCUUGACGGGUUAAGAAUUUAAACUUUUAUUUUUAAAUUAAUAGAAUAUUGUAAUUUAUUGUAGGUUUAUCUUAAUAUAGGUACGGUGAUAUAUUUAAUUGUCAAUCAUUUAUUGAUUGUUAUAAACGACAAAAAAAAAUGUAAAUUAUAAACAUAUCUUUUUUAUUAUGAGUGUUAAUUUUUGAAAUUUUGAAGGUAUUUUCUUUUUUCAAUUUUUAUUCAAUACUUUGGUGGGUCGAUUAAUAAUUAAAUAAUCGAGGGUCGGAUUUGGCCAGCUUGCCGUAGUCGGUCACCAUUGCUGUAAAGAAGAUCUUGUUGCAGAUUUUAAUACGUUGCAGUACGAAGGUAAUCUUUUAACAUCAACCGAAUGUGAUUUAACAGAUUGAAUGUGAGGUUAUAGAACUUUGAAAAAAAUGUAUUAUUAAGAGCUCUCGGGCUCCUCGUGACCACCGUCACGAAAACACCGUGUUGCCGUGAAUUUAUAGUACGUUGCUUAUCACAUAACUAGAACAAUCAAACUAUUAAACGCUUAUGGUUUUUUAUUUUAGAUUCUGAAUGAAGCGAAGAGGCUUAUAGUUUUAUAAUGAUGUUUUUUUUUCUGUGGACAAAUUUUCUACCAGCAAUUUCGCUCCAAUUUUCAAUGAUAGCAGUUUCGCUGAAAGGAAAUCUUACUGGAGUGGUUCUUUGAGGAGGUAAUUUUAUGAUUUUUCCAGGAGAUUUUUCUAUAAAUGGAAAAAACCGGAAUAACACGGGAAAACUGAGAGCACGGUAAAAUUGGUACAAUAUUAGACAAAUAUUAUUUAAGAAAACGUUUAAUGCAUAAUUUACCAAAAUAUGACAUGUAUAGUGUUGUUAAAGCAACAUUAUCAACGGAGUUUCACUCAGAAUGGUUUUUUUUUUAAGCAAUGGUUAAUCGUUGCUUACAGAUAUACAUUAAAUUCCCGUCUAUAUCCUACCUUCUCAACUUCCCACCUACAACAGUGACUGCACCCGUCCCCAUUAUCCUAGAACAGUUUUUUUUUACUUAUCAAUGGACGACACAUUAACAUAACUCUAAAAUAAUGAACACACUUUUUCAUUUCAUUUUGCAUUAACAGUGUCGUACUGAUAACUAUUCGAUUAUUAUGCCGGUUAAAUAUAGUAUGGUAUUCGCAUUUUUCAAUUCUUCCGUUUUUCAAAAAAUGUCCUCUUAAUAUUUGAAAAACCAAGAAAUUUCCAAAAAAUGAAUACCUACAAAGACAAUGGUACGAAAAUGUCGAUAUCGGAAAUCUUUCGCGGUAUUUUUGAUUGGAAUAAAUCUUCUGGUCAACAUCGUGUAUACGGUAUCCCGUUUUAUUUGUAAAAUUAUCAAAAAAGGCAUUACAUAUAUAAUAUUAUACCGAAAGAAAAAAAGGUGCUUAACUUAGUAUAAAUACCACGUAAAAUUCACAAAAUGCCAUCAAUGCACAUUAUCAAAGUGCUUCGUAUCAUAUAAAUAUUUGGUUAAACCAUUACCAAAAUGUAAUUUUAUAAUUCGUUUUUUACGUCUACUGAAAAAAUAAUUUUUGAAUUUUAAGAUACGAGGUAUUGUUUUACUGUACGACGACGAUGUGUUAAAUCAUUUUUUUUUCACUACUUGUUUAUAAGUACGCGAAUGGAAUUUUCGAAAUAGCAAGACUAUUUUCCGAAUAUUUUUUUUUUGUAAUCGAUUUUUUUUCUUUUUUAUCUUUAAUUCUUUACCGCCAAAACGAUUCCUUUCUAUAGUAUUAUAUUAUUUAUAUUUCAAUUUGUUUAUUGUUCCACCCUUUCUUUCAUCUUCAUUAUAACCUUCUUCAGAAACACCAAGGCACGCUUUAUCCAUCAUUUCCUUCUUGGCAUCACGUUUAAUAACCUACAAUAAUAUGAAAUUUACUUUGUAUUUAUUUUUCCAUCAUACAAUCACCAAAUCUCAUUCACAAAAGUAAUAUAUUAUUUUCGUUAUAUUUAUUAUGUCUCACAACACUUGUAUGUUAUUUUAUUUGAUUUUUUUUUUUUUUUCGUUUAGGUUAUAUAUUGAAUUUAUUACAAAACACAUUUUACAAAGCGAAACUUGAACGUCGGAGACGCCGUAGCUCGGUUGAACGGCAGAUGAUAUUGAAUGCGAACAAAAACCAAGGGAAUAAUAUCGAAAAACAAUCAAUUAGUCCAUUAAUGAUUACGGAUCCUUUGUUUGAGCGUUCGCUGAUGACCAUGUCAUUCUUAAUGUUUGGCGUAUUCGUCAUACAAGUGGUACAGGUAAACACGCGUCACGCAAUAAACAUUGAAUGUUCAUAUUUAAAACACCGUACAAGUUACAAAUAUGGUUUAUGUUUUUUUGUAUUUAUACAUAGAAACUAAUGCGGAUAAUACAAAGAUCCGAUGAGGUCUCAUCUAUGGACAGUUUUAUGUCGAGAAAUUUACCUAUGGCGUCGUCUAGUAUAUUCAACCACGGUUAG